UUAAAAGAUAACUAAUUGGAUUAAAAGUAAGUUCGUUUUAAAAGGGCUGUAUAUGUUUUGUGAAAAUUGUUGAGAAAAGUAUUUCAUCUUUUUCAAUAUUGUUUUGGGGGGAUGAAAACCUCUUAUUAACUGGAUAUGCUCAUAGAAUCGUUACUUAUGAAGCAACAUGCUGUCAUAAUCGAUGACUGAAAUAAGGGGAGUGUCUCUACAAGAAAGAAAAAAAAAUUCUCGGAAGGGACGUAAAACAGUAUACAGUUAUUAAAAAGAAACCAUUGUACUUCUUACAUACUAAUAUACGUUUACUAAAUUCAGAUGCAGUUUUACAAAAAAGCAUUCAAUUGAAUACCCUUGGUUUUGUUUCAGACAGCACCCUAUAACGUGAGAUAUGAAACCAGCGAUAGCAAAGAAGUAGACCAGAAAAAUUAAAAGACAGAAGGCAGAAAUGAUGAAUGAUAGUGUUCUGACGUCACUAUUUCUCCUGCCUACCUUCUUCCUAUCAGUUGAUCUCAUUGGACCAGGGUGUGAGUGUGUGGUAUACCAGAGCACGGGACAACCAGGUGCCCGUAAUUUUCACUCCCCUAACUACACCACGGCCCCCCACUACCCCCGGGGCGUCUUUUGUAUACUCUUCUCGUUCAUUGGAGAUGUGAACGAGACGGUGGAGAUCACCUUCAUUGAUUUCAAUCUCUUCCCAAAAGUUAACAACAAGUGUCUUGAUUUUCUGAAAUUAUACCUGAACGAGCGGGCAGAGGUGAACGAGGGCAGCGUCCAUGAAUAUGAAUUGUGUGGAAACAACGCCGACCUUCCUCAGAAAACAUUCUACUCACGAGGUAGAAGUAUACACAUGGAGUUUCAUACAGAGGGGGACAAGGUCAUCAAUAACACGUAUAAAGGGUUCACCGGAAAGUUCUCCUUCAUAGACUCUAGAGAGUUCCAGACUACAAUGAGACAAGUAUCCCGGGAUAAUAAUUCCUGCUCCUACAUAGACCGACACCAUAACAACAGCCCCAGUAAAGGGAGGUUCUUCUCCCCUCGAUACCCCCAGAACUACCCCUCCCGGAUUUCCUGUAGUUAUCAAUUCAUUGCACGUCCAGGGGAGAUAAUCCAAUUGGUCUUCCUCGUUCUGCAGUUGACCGGAAACACCUCAAGCUGCAGUAAAGACGAAGACUACAUAGAAAUCUAUGAUGGCGUUAAUAAAACAGAGAGGAUAGCCUUUUUAUGUGGCAACAAGAGCGUUCCUCCGAUAAAAUCCCACAGUCAAUAUCUCAGUGUGUACUUCCACUCCAAGUCCAAUUCCAACAGGAAAGGGUUCGCCGCUUCUUAUGAGUAUCUGUCCAUUGAAACCAUUGGAUCUUAUAACCAGCAUGGCCAACAAAACCAGUGCCCUGCCCCACAUGAAUGCAACAAAAAUAUUACCCAGAAUUCCUCACCAGAAGGCACCAUCUGCAGCCCGCGAUACUCGCAUCCGUAUCCGGCCGGAAUCACCUGCACGUACGAGUUUUACGCUAACCCCGGUGAGAGAGUCCAGAUCAUAUUUACACAUUUCAAUCUCUUCCUGUCGUCGCUUGGUACUGAAGAAAGGGACUGCAAGCUGGAAGAUUCUGUAUCCAUUUAUAUAGACGAAAAAUUUGAUGAGGCGAGCGUCAUGUUUUGUGGAAAUAGUUUACCGCUGCAGUACAUGUCUGCCAAAAAUUGGAUAAGAGUUAAGUUCGUCAGUCUGCCUUCCAGUGGAGACAAAGGACGAUCCUCAGGAUUCGAGUUCCAGUAUAAGUUUAGAAAAGAUUUUGGAAUAACCACAGGGACUCAGACGAUAGGAAAUUACGGUCGCCCCCUUUGUGAAUUUCUCUUCAACAGUACAAUCCAGAAGGUGGGAAACUUCACCUCCCCUAACUACCCGGGGGUGUACCCCUCCGUCACUCACUGUCAAUACAUUUUCCGUGGAGAGCCGGGGGAACGGGUUACCAUCACCUUGGACAAUUUCGACGUGGGAAGUGACGAAUGUGAGGGUCAGAAUGAUCACGUGACAUUCACCAGUUUUUCUCAUGAGGGUCCAGACAAGGGAUUUAAACCUAUAUGUGGAGUCAUGCAGUCGCUGAUCACCAAACGGGUGUCUGACGGAGCUUACUUCCGGGUCUUGAUGAGUUCGUAUGACAACUAUGAGCACACGGGCUUCCUAGGGCGAUAUGAAUUUAGCCCACACUACAACGUUUUCGCAGUCUCUACGCCCUCCCCGAAGAGGAGGAAAGGAUCCCAAUCCUCAGCACGCCACGUCGCUGUGGUGGAUCUCAUAAGCGUGACAUUUACUGUGCUAUUCUGUCUAAUUAGAAACUCUGUGAUCAGAUAGUUAGUGUGGAACAAUUAUGCUGUUAUCUCUACCACAAUAUUGGGUCGAUGAACUAUUGAGACGUUUAUGUAAAUCAAAAUCACGUGAUCACAUUCGUCAUGCAUUAACUGCCAGUAACUUUUUAGAAUAAGAGGGAAUGGGGUCGUUGCAUUGUCAACUCCAAAUUUGAAUUUCCAGAACAAAAAUAUUUCUUAUUCUAUGGCUAUUGGCUAAUGACGACAAUACAUCUAUGAUUCUAUGGCUGUUAGCUAAUGACGACAACACAACCCACUGUGGAAGACCUCCACGUCCAUGUGCCAUUUUACAUCCAUGAGAUCACGCUCGCGCGAUUUUAAGAUUUAUCCCGCUUUUUCAAAAGUCGUGUAACUAGCUGACUAGCUAUCCCCCAGUAUUUAUAAUAUGAUAUAGUACAUCUACUAAAACAGACGCUGACAUUUCAUGUAUAUAACAGUCCAGUACACCGUGGAUACUGUGUGCCUUUGUGGGCGUUAUUCACAAAUUUUCUUUGCAAAGGUCGUAACUUUUCAUAAAUGCUUAUCUUAUGCGACAGUAAAUAUAUGUACAUAAUUAUGUAUAUAUUGAAAUCACUACAAUUCAUUAAACUAGGCUAGCUUUAUUCAAUGUACACAGAAGAGUUAAGGAAACUGAGAACUGUAUUCAAACGUAAUCAUUUAUGGGAUAUUGCCAAGUUAUCAGUAUUAGUGAGGAAUGUAAUUUAAAUUUUGUUCAUGAAUAAGUCUUCACAGUCGGGAUCGAUGUUCUGUGUUUGUAUCUUGAUCCCGGCACCGUGGCUGUUCCUUCGCCAUGCGCCCGGUGUCAAAUGUGAACGUCAAAUGUCUUUCUGGUACAUGUACAUGUAUGACUCUAGAAACGGAGGUCUCGUGUCACAGCAAACGUUAGCACUGUCAAGAACCUCACUGUAACGGACCUAGGCACCAAGCUUAGAUCAAUAUUUAUUGCGUUUUAUCUAAAGCUUGUAACGUCUUCUUCUGAGUGAAGAGGACCUCCGUGGCCGAGUGGUUAGAGCAUCGCGCUCAAAAUCACACGGCCUAUCACCUCUGGUCGGCGCCGACGGGUUCGAAUCCCGCUCGCGCCGGUAAGUGCGAAAGUUUUCCAGUUUACUUGGAGAAGGUCGGUGGUCUCUUCCCAAGUACAUUGUAUCUGGGUUCUCUCUUCCACCAAUAAAAAGUGGGCGCCACCAGAUAACUGAAAACUGUUAAGUGUGGCGGAAAACGUCAAUCAAUCAAUCAGAGUGACGUAGAAUCACACACGAAGAAACAGCUGCAUGCCUCAUUUUGAACCUUCUUAGAAAGGAAAUCAUGGUAUCACCGUAAAACUAAGGUUACAAACAGAAUCAUACACUGUACCUCUCUCCUAUCAUUCUAGUUUUAAAAUAAUCUGUCUCGAAGCGUCCUGACAUGAUUUCCCUGAAAGUGCUUGGACCAGUGACGCUUUUUGAGGAUUACAACAUUUGAUGAAAAUUCUACGAUAUGGUAUUAGUGUUAUUUUAUCUGAAAUUACGAGAAUCCGAAAAAAAAAUCUACGAUGUCGCUGUCUGAAGAGUAAGAGGCGUGUAAUGAAGGGCAAGAAAGACAAGUGAAAAUAUGAAUUGUUGGUUGUAAUACAUCAUCGAGGAGAUGCAUGGCAGUAACCUUUGUAUCUCUUCAAGGAGAAAUUUGUACAGUCUUGUUAAAGCUACACAGCAAAACAAUUAUGAUUCCGAAAUUGAAAAUAGAAAAAAUUCAAAAUAUGCUAUUCAUCACUUGCAUAUAGUACUUUCAUGUAUUAAGUCUUUAGUCUAUAUUCUCUUUACAUAGAGAUCACUCCAAGAUAUUUCUCCAAAAAUUGUGGUAUUUACUUUUAUCAUUUGUGUAUUCCAAUUCAGUCUAUAUUUCAUAAGUUUUACCGUGUUACCUCCAGAAUGUUCCUGGUCCUCACCUUGACCUUCAACCCUCGAAUACAACCAGACUGUUAAUAAAUAACCCUUGCUUUAAAUCUGUAGUACAUGUAUGUGAUUGUAUGUAAUUGUAUUGAGUCGUGAGGUCUAAACGUGGAUGAAAGUCUUAAUAGUCCUGAUGGGACAAGAACAGUUACAGUUAUUGUUGACAGGUAGAUCUAUAUAGAUAUGUGUGUGAAUAGUGUGUUUAUUUAUAGCUUUAGAUCACGUUUCGGGUUAUUUUUGUAAUAAAAUUUAUCAAAUAAUAUCAAGGAUAGAUUUACAGGUUUGAAUUGUUAUGAUUACAAUGUUAAGCGGUUAUUAACAUAUUUUCAUGAAAUACACAUUGAAUUUUAUAAAAUCAAUAAACUUGUGAGUGAAACUUUUUAACAUGU